ACGCCACAGCCGCCAGCCAGUCCGCCCGGCCCGGCUGACAGGUGACCACGGCUUCGGUGCCCCACGUCCUCGCAGCCAGCACGUCGAGUGAGCGGCCACGUGGCCCACGCCUCCCGACUGUUACACUGCGGCGUGUUACCCAGAUUACGUAACUCCGCCUCGCCCUGCUCCGCCCGGACUCGUGUGCCACCGUGCGGCCAUCACGUGCCGAGGCCUUCGCGUGCACCGGCGGCCACCACGUCACCCUCCCUAAGUGCCAGUAUCUUGCAAACGCCACUUCCCCUUAGCUCCCCUUAGCGCCUCCGCCCGACGCUAGAGUAUGCUGGAGACACUGUCCACGGAAGGAUUUAGGGAGAAGGUUCAGUUACACUGUCUAUUGUGAAUCACGAUGCCACAGGCGCUCACUUGAGCAGCUUUUGGUCACUCGCUCAGCAUGCCUUCUCUUGACUUUAUGCACUGCUGCGAUGAAUGCUGCGGGGAGGAGGAUGCGCACGUGGAGUGUGACGCCGCCUGCCCUUCCAAAUCACGCCCCAGCAUCCAACUACCUCGGAGCUUCGCUUCCCUGAACGCCCUAGCACAAACUCUGCCUCCUCCCGGGCCUUCACCUGCGUCAGGCAACGCAGUUCCUCGUGCCAGCGUGACUGUGGGCGUGAUGGUGGGCGCCAUGGCUGUGGUCGAGGGCGGCCGCGUGUGUCGGCGGACGAAGCGCGAGGGCGGGAGAUCAUACGUGUGUCGCGUGUGUGAGCGGAGAUUCCCGCGGGCGUACCUCCUGCUGGUGCACGAGAGAACUCACACGCCCCUCACCUGCCCCGUCUGCGGCAGGACCUUCAGGCGCUCGGAACACCUCAGGAUGCACAGAGAGACACACGGCGGGAGCAAGAGGACCACAUAAGCAAAGCCGACGUGCCUGCGUGCCUACCUGCCGCCCACAAAGCCGCCCAGGUUAAGCACUCGCCGCCCAUAAGCCGCCCCAUCUCCCCAGGCAGCGGGGAUACACACUCGCACGUCCCUCCGCCGCCUAAACUCAGCCAUAGAGAAUUUCCAUAAUCUACUCACGUCUCGGCCGCCUCAACCCUCUCAACCCUCAAGCCCGCCGCCACACUCGCCAAAUCUCUGCUCCAUCCCAAGAGCCGCUCCCUCGAGUUGGAUCCUCGACGUUCGCGGUGUCAAAGGCGUUAUGUGAUUUAUUACGUUGGCGACUCACUCAUCUUCAUCGCAUAGAGCUCAGGAUGCAAGUAUGCGUGAGUUAUGGGGGAAAUGCCCGCCGCGAUGCCAGCUUGUGGAGUGUGUAUUUAUCACACCUCUUCAGAAAAAAAAGGAGAAAAAAGUUUUUGUACAUAACUACGUAGAAAUCCGAAUGAUAAAAAAUAUAUUGUACGUUGUCGACAACCUCAGUUCCCCUCGCGACAAAUCGCUUAAUAACCGUGUCCGUUUCCCUUUUUUAAUUUACAACCCUUCCUUCCACGCUUUCUCACCCCCCCCCUUCCCGCCGACCUCAUCCUCUCCCCUCCACUUUGCAAGAGUAAGAGACUCGCCCUCCACCCGCACCUUCCCGCCUUCAACGGAACUCCUCUCUGACGCCCCUCGCAUACCGCCAGCCCCGCCCACAGCCUCGAGACCCCGCCCAUCACGGUCACGACUCUGCCCGCCCACAACGAUUAGAGUCAGUAUGCAUGUAUGCCGUAGCGAAGGUGGACAAACGCACGAAUUAUUCCCUAUGAUUACGGAAAUAAUUAUACGUCGGUGGAAAAAAAACUUAUGGGUGUUUGAGUUAAGCGAUUCCAGUCAUCAUUUGAAGUAUCGGAAUGCUACAGUACAUGGUGGUUAUUUGGUCAUGCUUUAUCCGAUGGAAUAAAUAACAGUUCG